GCAAAGGUAGCGUUGACCAACAAAUAUAGGCAUCAUAUAGGAAGAACACAUGAGGUAGGGAAUGCAAAAUGACAGCAGUAGAAGCACAAAGUAGAGGAGGACAGAGAUGGUCUCUCACAGGAAUGACAGCUCUUGUAACCGGCGGCACUCGUGGCAUCGGACAUGCCAUAGUGAAUGAUCUAGCUGCAUUUGGUGCUACUGUCUACACUUGUUCAAGAACUGAAUCAGAGCUCAACAAGUGCUUACAACAAUGGCAAACUCAAGGCUUUUCAGUCACAGGUUCGGUCUGUGAUGUAAGCUCUCGACCACAGAGAGAGAGCCUUGUUCAACAAGUUUCCUCUACAUUCAAUGGCAAGCUCAACAUCUUUGUGAAUAACGUUGGAACAAACUUUCGAAAGCCAACUAUCGAAUACACUGCUGAAGAUUAUUCAGAGCUGAUGACAGUUAAUUUUGACUCAUCAUUCCAUCUAUGCCAACUCGCAUAUCCUCUUCUAAAAGAAUCUGGAAAUGGAAGCAUUGUGUUCAUUUCAUCUGUUGCAGGUGUUGUGAGCUUAGGUACUGGAUCUGUCUAUGCAGCAAGUAAAGCUGCGAUUAAUCAGCUUACGAAAAAUCUGGCUUGUGAAUGGGCACAAGACAACAUAAGGAGCAAUUGCGUUGUACCGUGGGCGACCAGGACUCCACUUGUUGAACAUCUAUUUAAAAACCAGAAGUUUGUGGAUGAUAUUAUGGCUAGAACUCCUCUUAAGCGGAUUGCAGAACCGGAAGAAGUGUCGUCUUUGGUGAAUUUCCUUUGUUUGCCUGCUGCUUCUUACAUCACUGGUCAAGUUAUUUGUGUUGAUGGAGGGUUAACUGUGUUUGGAUUUCAACCCAGCAUGAGAAUUACUUGAGAUAGUGCAGUUUCUUAUAUGUUUAUGCUCACUUAUAGUUAUUUCAACUCUACUAGUGGUUGGACUCUGUAAUUGUAUUCACUGUUUUCUUACCUAGGAAGUUUCUUUAUUUAGGGGAUUAAUAGUGAAGUCAUAAUCAAGCAUUAGUGUGGAUUUUAUUUUAUUUUAUUUUUGGUUGACAAGUGUGGAUUUUAUUUAUGUAUUUGAAGACAACAUUGAGUCUAAAAUGUUAUUUUGAGGCAGAGCCCUUUAUAAAUAAACUUUAAGGCUUUAUUACUUGAACUUCACUCUCAUGUGAUGGUUUGAUAGAGUCACAAUUAGAGGGUUGAGAAUAGACCAAGUCAUGCUAGAAUUUGAAAGAUUUAAGUAUGCCUUAAGACAAAAAGAGUUAAGUUUGUGUUUGGUCUAUG